AUGGACAAUUCCCCCGUCUCCAAACGAAGGAGAAAGACUGCCUCUGAUAAAUCCGUACUAUUUCUUUACACAGGACAGCCAGAAAGCAAGAUUCCCAAGAACAUUACGCACAUUGCCUUUGACCCUUGUGUUCAAGAAAUCCCCGAUUGGGCCUUUACAGACAGCAAACUUUUACAAAGCAUUGACAUACCAGCUACAGUUAAGAGCAUUGGUGUCGAAUCCUUUAGUGGAUGUGAUUCCCUUACAAAAGUCAGCCUUGGCACAGGUUUGCGGAACAUUGGCAGGAGCUCGUUUUUUCAGUGUCGAGCAAUGGUUGCAAUUCAGCUAAACCACGGUUUGGAAUCCAUCGGAGGGGGUGCUUUUGAAGAAUGCGAGUCUCUAAUGACUGUAGCGAUACCAUCGACCAUGGAAACUAUCGGAGACGACGUCUUUCAAGACUGUGCCUCCCUAACCAGCGUCAUUUUUCAGGAUGAGGGUCUGAUGAAACGCAUCGGUCGACGAGCAUUCUGUCGCUGCGAGUCGUUGCAACAAAUUGAGUUACCACGAGGACUUACGGAGAUUAAUUUUUGCUGUUUCUCUGGAUGUGAUGCUCUCAAGACUGUAUCGAUCCCAGAUACAGUGGAAACCAUUGACACGAGUGCCUUUGAUUCUUGCCGCGGACUUGUGGACGUCCACUUUCGUCAAGGACUUGCUCGAAUUGGAACACGAGCUUUUGCUCGAUGCAUUUCAUUGAGUGCCAUCUCUUUACCGUUUACAGUACACAGCAUCAACUCUCAUGCUUUUAAGGACUGCACAAGCCUCCUUGGUGUCGAGAUUCCAGAGGGGGUUUUAAAUUGUAUCGACCCAGGCAGCUUCGACAACUGCACAUCUUUGAUCACUGUCUCCGUUCCUGCACUGCAUCGUUAUGUUAUGUCCGGCUCUGCAUUUUCUGGAUGUAGGUUGUUGGUGAAAGAUGACAACGAUGAGGCAGAGAUUGACGCCAUCCGGCACAGGUUUGACAAUCUCCCAGUUCACCAUGCAUGCUACAAUGCUUCUAUGACUUCAGUUGACAAAUUGACUCAAAUAAUCAAUGAGACCACCAACAGUAUGGAGGGCAAAAACCUGGAAGAUCAUCUUGGCCUAUCGCCGUUGCAUAUUGUGGCAACCUCUGCAAGUCUAAGAGUGGACUUUUUCGAAUGUCUCUUGGAUCGGUAUCCAGCGGAGGUUAUUUGGCAUUGCGACAAUUAUGGAAAGACGGCAAUAGAUUACUUGUUGGCACAUACGUCCAGCAAGGCUGUUUCGUUGAUUCAGGUGGCUUUGCGACGAUCCAUUCUGGAUAAAAUACCUAGUCGUUGGGGCCUGCCCAUGUGGAGAACCAAGUUGGAAGGUCACAUAGGAUCAAUGCCAAGUGAUAAUGACACACGGGCGAGAAGUGCGCAUCUUCAUGAGACAUUUCAGUAUCUGGGCUACUACGCUCGAAUAGAAAUGACAUCAUUGGCGGAGCUAGCUCUAUGGAAAAUGAGAAUGAGCAGCAGUUGUGGUCAUGUCAAGGGAGAAUUCGAAAUCGACGACCAGAACUACCGAAAGAACUGCAAACUCCAGUGCGGAUCAGAAAUAGUGAUCGAGAAUAUGAUUGAGUACUUGUGGAAUGGUGAAUCAUCGAGGUCAGAUACUUCUUUGUCUAUGUUUCCUUUGUGCGGCAAUCAUCAUUGGGAAAGUGGCUGA